AAAAUAAAGAAAAUAAAGAUAAAGAAGACAGAGAAAACAGAACUAAAUUAUCUAAUUCAAGUAAAAAUGAUAUUAAUUUAAGAGAUAAGGAUAGUGCUGAUUCAAAAGAUAAGAGUAAUAUUGAUUCAAGAGGUAAGAGUAACAUUGAUUCAAGAGAUAAGGAUG